AUGGAUGAUGAUGGAGACUGGGACAUAACAGAGAUAAAUGAAGGUCUGGAUUUACUUGAGGGUGACAUUAUGGAAGAAAUUAAUGCAGAAACAAGGGUUGCCAGAAAUGCUGUUUUGAACAGAAAGCAGCUUUGGGACAUCCCUGUUCCUUAUGUGCUUGAAGCUAACCUUGAUGUGAAUGCUAAAGGAGUCAUCCUGCAGGCCUUUGAACAUUUCCGCUUGAAGACAUGUAUUGAUUUCAGACCCAGACAGUCUGAGGAGUUCUACCUCUCAGUCAGAAAGAAUCCAGGGUGUUACUCUUUUGUAUCAAAGACUAUUAAAAGUGGUCAAGUAGUCUCCAUUGGUCGGCGAUGUGAUCACCUCGGUACGGUGGAGCAUGAGUUUCUCCAUGCUUUGGGCUUGUAUCAUGAACAAGCACGUUCUGACAGAGACGACUAUAUCACCAUCAUCUGGAAAAACAUAAAAGAUGGGUACCAAAGAAAUUUCAGGAAAUUAAGCCCAAGCUCCAGCACAACAUUUAAUGCUCCUUAUGACUACCUCUCAGUGAUGCACUACGGCAGAAGAGUCUUCUCUAAAAAUACAGGAGACACGAUUGCUACAAAGUUACCGGAGUAUCAGGAUCAAAUUGGCCAGCGGAUGGAAAUGAGCUCUACCGAUGUGUACAAGCUGAACCGCCUUUAUAACUGCAAUGCAUCUGUUACUUUCAUGGGUCAUUGUGACUUUAGUGGUGGGGUCUGUGGGAUGAGCCUCUGUGAAAAAGGUUCAGCCAAAGGCUGGAAAAGACUGAGCACCACUGCUGGACAGCCAUUUACUGACCACACCACGCUGAAUAAGACAAGAGGUAAAUCCUACUUCAUGCAUGCUAGCACAGAAUUGGGUCAGGAGGGAGACUCAGCCAGACUGGAGACAGAGAAAAUGAAUCCUACUGGAAAAUGUAACAUCCAGUGUCUCCAGUUCUUCUAUUACCACAGUGGAAGUGAGUCAGAUCAGCUCAACAUCUGGAUCAGAGAGUUUCAAGAUGAGACGGACUCAACAGGAGAACAGCGCCUCAUGGGUCAGAUCACUGGUGAACCAACGUUUGAAUGGACAUUUUACACGGUUCCCCUGAACGCUGCCAGGCCAUUCAAGGUCGUGUUUGAGGUGCGUAAAGGAAAUGAUGAGUCUUCAGGAGGUUUUUCCAUUGAUGACAUCAACCUGUCUGAGUCCAGGUGCCCACAUCAUAUCUGGGAGAUCCCAGACUUUGAAACUCUCUUAAGGAGCACCGACUAUAAUAGUUACCUGUUCAGCCCUAGGGUGUACUCCCCUGAAGGUUAUGCUUACCAAAUGUUGAUCGCUCUGCGAGAAACUUUCUUUGGAGUGUAUCUGCGUUUGGUGUCGGGAGACUUUGAUUCGACACUCGAAUGGCCGUGUCCAUGGCGGCAGGUGACCUUCAUCAUGCUGGACAAGAACCCACACAUUCAACAUCAAAUGUCCAAACAGAUCACUCUGACCACAGAUCCAACAUACACUGCAUUUGACAACCCAAGUGUUGUUGGACGACUUACGAGGAGAAACGAAGAAUCUUUCCAUGUGAACCCGGCGUAUGGAAUGAACUCAUUCCUCUCUCUGGACCAAAUUAGGAAGCGGGACUUCCUGAAGGGGGGCGCUGCUGUAUUCCUUUUCUCAAUGGAAGAUAUCUCAAACCUGCAGUAUAACAGCUCCUUGCCUUGCCCCAAACAUCCACCAAGCACAUUUACAGCCACUGACUCAGACAAUUCUGACAAAGGCUCCUGCAGAGUGAGGAAAACUCUGGAGGAGCAGCCAGAGAACCACAGAGAAGCUCACCACAAACUGCUGAGCCGAGUGAGAGACCAGAUCGAAGACAAGCAGGGGAUGCUGGACCAGCUCUGA